AUGUUAAGAGUUGUAAUUUUAGAGCAUCAAUACUGGCUUGGCCGUUGUAUCGUGUCACCGUUAAAGCAUGUCUCUCCCUUUGAUCUAUAUGAACAAGCUCAACAACCGGAUUCAUUGUUUUUAGAGAUUGGUAAAGCCAUAGCCAUGAUGACACGUGUCUUUAGAUCGCUCUAUGGCAUGUCAUAUCCAAACAUCUUUCAACUAGGUAAUCUGACACAAGACAACACUGGUAAGCCCACAGCUGAUAUGAAAUAUCAUCAUGUGCACUAUCAUAUUUUGCCAAGAUACGAACACCCUGUAACUACUCAUGGUCAGACAUUCACAGAUAAACAAUGGGGUCAACCUUUGAACAUCGACCAAAGUUCAGGAUAUUAA